CUCCAAAUUUGAACGUGACGGGAAAGGUUAUUUCAGUCUGUUAGCGGCCUGGCCGUCUACCGUAACAUGGGAACGUCGCUUUAGCCGGCAGUGCAGUCUCAUUUUCCUCCCUCUUUGGUUUGUUCAAAAAUUGACCUUGGCAGGAGUCGUUUUAAUCAAAUCUGCUUGCAGCUGCUGGUCUGAAUCCAGCCUCGGCCAGGAGACAUGGAUGAGAUCUUCAGUUCUCAUGUUCUCCAAAGCAUUAAAAGCAAGCAUAAUGCAUUUUGUCAGGACAGUAGAUUCAGUGAAGCACCGCACAUCUCAGAAGCCAAGGCCAGUGAAGCACUUCAUGAUACACCAAAAGAAAACCUUUCGCAAUAUCAUCCAGCUAAAUUUUCAUCUCGUACACCUAGAAAGAAUCGUCCAAAAGACUUCUUUAGGUCUGCAGAGAGCAAAGAGAGCACUUUUUUAACUUCCUAUUGUGAGACUCCUAAAGUACACAAAAAAGAUGCUGGUCUCAGAAGACGACUUCUCAUGUCUAAAGCUGCUACAGAUGGCAAGACGGCUAACACAAAAACACCAGAGAGCAGGCCUCUUAUGUCUGCAAGGCCUGGGACAGAAGGAGAUCUGUCCACGGAAAUCUUUGAUUCUCCUGAUAGCGGGCUAUUUGAGGCAUUAGCAACCAGCACUUUGAAAGCUGAAGAAAUGACCUUGUCCUGCAGGAAGCGACGUCUCAUAUUCUCCCAAGUGAAGUCCUCUACGCUUGAAGACGGAAGCCACAAUGUUACUCAGCCUCCUCGUUUUGAGGGACAGGGUACAGAAUUCCUUGCAGGUGAAGCUGAUCUCAGUGAAAGCAUCAUUUACUCUCUCCCAAGCCUCCUAACCCCAAAGACUCCAUGUGAUAGCAAGCUUUUGAUGUCUACAGAUGAAACCUUCCAUACUCCUGUAAAUCUUGCUACAAACCUUGUUGACAGUCUGAGUGUUUUGAGCACACCCUCUUUCACUCCGGUUUCUAAAUUGGACAUGUCGGUUUCUGAGGACAGUGGGUUCACCUCGCUAAACAAAUCGCAGGACUCCUCGGUGGACCAUGAUGGUUCAUUCCAGGAACUGUUGCCUCAGUCAGCCUCCAAAGCCAAGGAGACUCCAAAACUGGCCGAACUAAGGCGACGGACCAAAUUGGAACGUCAACGCAGACUCCCAACGCUUCGGGAGGGAGGUUCACAAUCUGAGGAAGAGAUCAGGGUGACUGAGUUGGUGGCGGGAAAGGUAAAACCAACGCCUAAGGGACAAGAGGCCUAUGCCACAGAGGAAGACCAUGAACUCUUUCUGGAGAAAACUCCUAUUGGAGCCACCACUGUAAAGCUUGAGGACCUCUCCCUGACACCUGCACUGCAGGUGGUACAUGCCAUCUGUCAGAAGACUGCCAAGUAUUUGCAGCCCCAGUUUAGCCUUGAGGAGUUGCGCAUGUCACCAGAGGGUGGCCAGUCUUGUGUAAUGACCAACCCUCUAACGGGUCUCAUAGGGAGGAAGAUGGGACUUGAGAAGCUGGACAUCCUCAGGGAGCUAAAGAUUAGGAAUCUCCAGCACAUCUUGAAAAGGAUUUUUAAUUUGCUUUCCUCUAAAGAUAUCUACAGUUUUGGACAAGUGAGUAGUGUCUGGGAUGAAAUAAUUUCACAAGAUAAGAUGGCGUGUCGGCGGAGAAGAUACCACUUGAGGGAACUAAAGAUGGCACUUAAGCUGGGCAGUGCAGCCCAUGUUCCAGAUGCAGAGACAAGACUGAGUCUCCUAAGCAGGUCUCCUCUGAAGUUCGUUCAGGCCCAAUCCAAACAAGCAAGUGUUCGCACACCAGUAUCAGGCAGCAGCUCUGCAACCCAAGUCAGGCCGACGCACUCAGACAGCAAGCGGGACAAGUUCCUACAGGUUGCUAAAACCCUCUUCCAUGAUGAGUGCCUCAAACCAUGUCCAAGAUGUCAACAUCCUGCCAAGUGCCACUCCUUCAGGGGGGAGGGCCUCUGUAGUCAGGAAGACUGUGCCUACCGGUUUUGCGCCUGGUGUAUGUGUGCUUAUCACGGGUCCAGAGAGUGUGCGAGCGGGUCGGCCAAACGUCAUGGCAAGAAGGAAGUGGUGCCGGGGAGUGCUGAAAGCAAACGCAACCUCAGAAGGUUGUGAGAUGCUGUCUGUGUAGUGAGUUGGGGGAGAGUUUGUAUAUGUUUGUGAUGCUUAUCGUUGGAGUUUUUUACAGUUUGGUUUUAUGUGUUUUUAAAUUAUGAAUCUGAGACGUCUUGGGAGAAAUCACUGGCAAUCACGCAUGUAAAUUGGUUUCUCUCUGUAUCUGUAAUGUACAGAAUGUAUUUUUUUCCUUCAAACAUGGUGUUGUGCAUAGUUUUGACAAGUUUUGACUACAUCUAUACUGUUUUAAUAAAGCUUGUUUUUAACAUCUCA